GCUGCAACCUGCAGUCAAUCUAACCACCAUCAACAAGGAGAGCCAGCGCAUUCUCCCAAAGAAGAUCAGGAGGUAGGGAUCUCGGAUGGAGAUGCCAGCAUUCAGGUUGACAGCGAUUGUUGAGAAAAAAAAGGGGGUGGUGUGUGUCUCAAUACAUCAGUCUAAUCUAUUAAAGGGAGACAUGAACAGGAGAGUACGAUCCGAGACUGAGCAAAUACCCUUGAUCAAUCAGUCUUAUAUACCCACGGAUUCCUACCAUAGUCAUUACGGUUGGCUAUAACUAUCCCAUUCUACUUUGUCUUCUUUUGUUGCAUUGAUUCAAACCUAUACCAAACUCACUUCAUCCCCUGAUAUCUACCAUCUACCAACUACCAACUACCAACUACCAACGAUCAUGGCAUCCAUCUACGAGCUAGCAAAAUCCGGCCAGCUCACCAAGGAGCACAUGGCUAACCAGCAAACAAUUCGCGACCUGAAUACUGUUCAUCCCCGAACGAAGCUCACUCCCCUCGGCAUUGCAGUUUGGUACUGCUAUGUCAAAAUUGUCAAACUGUUACUCAAAAAUGGCGCCAAUCCCGAUGGCAAAGACCCUAAUCAUAACGAUAGCCCAGUACGCCCGCCGCUCUGGGUUGCAGCUGCAAGGUCCAAGCAGAGAGUGGGAACCAUGAUGCAACUGCUCCUUCACGCGGGCGCGGAUCCGAACAUAGUCUCUACCGUGGACGACAACUCAAGCCCUCUCCUCGCAGCUGUGAAGACCUACAGAUCCCCUCACUUGCUCAACGCAUUGGUAGACAAGGGCGCAAACCCGGACCAGGAAAAUAACCAUGAAGAGACACCCAGGAAAAUUGCGGAGGCCCGCGGUGAUCCUGAUACGAUAAAGGCGCUGCGGAAGCGAAAGGAACGGUCACUGGGAUGGCUUCACUGGAUUGGUGUGAUUGUCAGCAUCAUAGUGGGCGUCGUUGCGUGGGUGAAUGCCUUCGUUAUGGUUGCUGUGGUUGGCGCUGCGGGUGCUGCGACUGCAGCCGGCCCGUAUGUAACACAGGUGAUUAAAAGGAGGUUCCAUAUGAGUGGGAUUUUUGACGAGAAGGUCUGGCCAGAGAAGCUAAAACAACCCGAGCCCAAGGAAGAGUUUUUAAAAGAUGCGAAGGAUUUCAUCUUGGAGAACCACAUGAACAAGGUCUUUCCGUCCAAUGACCCUUUCCUGCAGACGGUGGUUGAUAAGGGCAUCAAGCUGGAGCCCAACCCUGACAUACCCUCGACACAAAGGCCUUGGCCCGGUUGGCCCUCUUCCAGCCAGUCAUGUAUUGUGGUGGAUGACAGUGGCUCUAUGAACGAGGGUAAUCGAGUUGAGCACCAGAUCGAUAUCGUCGAGCGCAUUGCGAGCAUCGCCACACGCAUCAUCCCAGACGAUGGAGGCGUCAAGGUGCGGUUCAUCAACCGCAACACAGAGAUCAUGAUCUACCAGCGGACCCUCAAGGAUCUCAGACAACUCAUGGGACAGCAGGCUCCCUACGGACCAACAGAACUCGGCACGAAUCUGAGAAGCAGGAUCCUUGAACCACUGGUAUAUCAGCCGCUAAGAACAAACAGCCUGCGACGGCCAGUUCUUGUCUCUAUCAUCACGGACGGCUGUCCACAGGGUCCGCGUGAAAAACUUGAAACGCUAAAGCAAGCGAUUCUUGAAUGCGGAAGACUCUUGGAGGCUGCUGGAUACGAACGAACAGUGGUCCGCUUCCAGAUCAGCCAAAUCGGAACUGACGAGGAUGCAAAAGCCUUUCUAAAGUCUCUAAUGCGUGAGGAUCAGCUGCAGGAUGUUCUGUACUGCACAACCGGCAGCUUGGACGAGAAGUUUGCGAAGUUCCGUGAUAAUGAGACUCGACUCGAGCAAUGGUGUGAUCAAGGACGGCCUUCGUGUGCGCGAUGUACUCGGCUGAAUAUCCCGUGUGUCGGCGCGGGCCUGCAGAGAUACAAGUUCAAGCAGGAGAAUGUCUUUCGCAGCAGCCAGCAGAGCCAGCAGAGCCAGUCGAAGAGCUUGACGACCAGGAAGAAGCCCGCCGUCGACCAGUUACCGAAAUUCGAGACCCUCGUCUUUAUCGAAGAGAUCCCCCGGGUGCCUGUCAACGGGAUAACGGCGCUGCGGAACAGCUUUAUCGAGACCCUGAAGCCGACGACCGACUUGAGAUACAACCUCGCCUGGUCCUUUGGCGGCUUUCUGGUGGACAUUCCACGGCGUCUGGGGGUCAAUGAAGCCCUGGACUCGGCGGUACAGGUGCUGGUUGACUCGCAUCAGGACUUCUGUGCCGGGCUGGGAGUUACUUCGCGGGUGCUGGUAGGAUACUCCAGGGCUCUCAGGAUGCUCAGAUCAUACCUCGACGACCCAGCCAAGGCGCGAACGUCUGAAACUCUCUGCUCGGUCAUGGUCUUGCUGAUGUGCCAGCGGUUUAUCGGUGUCAGUGAGGGUGACUUUACGGGCCACUGUGAAGGUGCUGCCCAGUUGCUGAGGGCCAGAAGAUACUACGAUCCAAACGACGAGUUCGAAAGCAAACUAGUUCUCUCACUGCGAGGGCCGGUGGUCUUUGAAGGACUUCUCAACCAGAAGAUCCAGUUUACUCCAGAGGAAUGGAAAACCCUUGUGGAAAACCAUCUUGAUGGAGUAACUCCCGAAGGCAGGAUGAUGCGUGGCGUUGCCAAAGUGCCAGGCCUCCUGAACCGAGCCAGAAAGGCCCGCAAAGACGGAGUGACAGACGAGAAUCUGCUAAUAGAUGCAUUGGCAGCAUACCACAUGGCAAAGGGGGCGGCAGACGAGUUACGAGAAAAGUACAAGAAGGCCCGGCUUCCCCCAAAGGGCGAGUUUUCAUUCCAGGACCCUAUUGUUAUGGCCCACUCAUUCUACCAGCGCUCCUUCGGCCUGAGCCUUACCGUCGUCAUCAUUCUCAGUUGUGUGGUUACUGGAAUCGACCCGGGCAACGCUGUUGUGGUAGACCCGUCAAUAUACAUUGACGAGAUCCUUGAAAUUGCGGGCUCUGCGAUGAUAUACAGGCCGUUGGCGGCAAGCUUCGUACCCAUGUGUUUAAUGAUGGCGUGGAUAUCUACUGGGGACCUUGCAAGAAGGCAAACCAUUGAAGCUGCUCUAAAGGCAUACGAGAAUGACUAUGCGGAAGGGCAGGCGGUAGUAAUGACCCCGAAGGUCGAACAGAUAUCUCGCCAGCUACGAUUAGUCGACUUGAACGUUUGA